AUGGCCACCGUCGCCGCUCGCCCCCCAGGCCGUCUCGCCGCGAGCGUCGCGACAGAACGCGAGCGCGGUUCUCGUACCAGCACGAGUUCCACACCCACGGCCGAUGCGUCUCCCGACGCAGCUCACGAUGCCGCCGUCAGCGCUACCAAUGCCGCACGCGAGUCUCUCGCAGUGGCACACCGUAACGCCGCCAGCGCGCUCAUCUCGUCGGACGCGCUCCCAACCCUCUUCCCUACUCCCAUUGCCAACCUGGUCACGGCGCUUGCUACGUCUGCGCGCAUGUCGUUGCGCGUGACGGCGUUCUUUAUCGAGGCCAUCCUCGAGACGUCGGAAUAUGGCACGCGCAUGAGUCUGGGUUACACGCGCCGGAUCCUCAUUACGGCCAUCUCAUCGGCGCGCCGCGUGUAUCUCGCGUCCAACGCGGCGCUGGACGGUGACCUGCUGGGGGCCAUUGGCUUCCUCGACAAGGCGACGGGCUCGACCGAUGCCUUUCUCAACGUCCUCGACCGCUGGACAAACCUAGGCAUUUAUGUCAUCCACCACUCUUUUACCCUUGCAGAGCUGUUCGCCAUGAGCGGGUUUUACCUCACGGCCAACACUGUGUCCGGCGCAAGCUUUGCCGCCAACGAGAGUGUCACACUCUUUGACUCUCUGUUUGGUUCCAACGAGAGUUCUCGCGCCCUUGCCUCGAUCAUCACCCUCGUCCGCAAAGAGUUGCUCGAGGACGAACGCUUCUCGGCUGCCGAUCAGGGCAAGGUCGCGAGCCUGACCGCCCUCACCAAGGCCCUCACUGCGUUUGCAUGCCUCCAGAGCGCAACUUGGUCGCGCUCGAGCCAACGUCUGAAGAUGAGAGUGUUGUACGAUUGUACUAUCACCGUCAGCAACGAAGACCUGUUCGCCGCCAACCAGGACUCGCUUCCGUCAGAGAUCCCAGAGAUUAUGGAGAGCGAUCAGGGCACCAUUUCCCGUUGUGACGUGCCUUCCAUCUCAGUAGCGGACACGGACCUCGACGGCGACGUCACCAUGACACCCGCGUCCGCGGUCACCUCGCCUGCCCGCCCGAGCCGUUCACUGUCGACACGCUCUAUGCGGUCACUCGGCACGGCUGCGUCAGCCCCAGACUUGGCGUUGCUAUGGCAGCUCGAGGACCUUGUUGGCGAGUCGGGCGACGACAACCUCGACGCCGCAGAGGCUACUCCCGACGGCCGUCGGCAGCGACUCCUCAAGCGUGUCCGCGGCGACAUGUACGAGAUCACAGACGAGCUGAGCGAGAGCACCAUCGUCACCCAAACGCUCGAGCGUGUGGGAUCCACGGUGCCAAUACGAGAGCGCAUUUCCCAGCCUCAGCAAGACGUGCUUGUCGAGGACGUUGAGGAGCCCGAUGACACUGUCGUUCCUCCUCCUCCCCCGACGGUCGCCUCGUCACCCAUUUGCUCGCAAAAGCCUCUGCCUCCACCUCCGCCAACAACCGCUACGUCCGUGUCCGAGGCCGACGACGAGACGGACUGGAUCGAGGUGGAUCAGCUGCUCGAUGACGAUGACGCGGGCAGCAGCGUGGUCCCAUCAGCACCGAACGGGCGUGUCGCUGCUGUUGCCGCCGAGCCACCAAACACGGAGCGGAUCCAGCUUGUGCUUCGUACAAUGACCAACAAGCUCCUUCAGCGCAAGCGCACCGUUCGGAGGGUCCAGAACGCUGGUCUUGGAAUCAGCAUGACCCGUCUAUCUCGGUCGCCGUCGCCAUCUUCGCCGCCAGAGCGUUCCCAGCGUAGUAGCCGCAGUACCACACCGGUCUUUUCGCAGGCCUCUGCAAGCCACGACCGCCCCGAUGUCCGCAAUAUUGAGUGGAACACGCCGCCUCCUACACCGGCCAACACAUCGCCGACCAAGGGCAAGGGCCGUCAGCAGCGCCGUCCCACGCCCGCGCGCCGUGAGACAGAUGGAGGAGCCACGGGCAUGACCUCUGGGAUGGGCUCUGCGAUCCGUUCUGCUUUCCGAUCGGCCAGUGGCAAAUCCACCCCGCGCGAGACGUUCCCUGGCGAAGGUGCUGCCGAGUCGUCGUCGUCAGUAUCGUCGCCACCUCCUGCACCGCCACCAAAGCUGUCGCCAGUCCGCCCCCCUCCAUCCAACCCGUACGCUCCGAUGCGUACUGUCAAAGAGUCUAUCCGUACGCGCUCCAACAGGGUACACGCCCAGAGCUCUCAGAUCUUUUCGCCGCGCGCGGAGGCUGCCGCCGACCUGUUCCCGCACGAGGGUCUCAUCAAGAACAUUUACCGCUUUAUGCGGUACUCGUCUGCGGCGUACGGCCAGAACUUUUUGCGCAUCCUCGGCUUGGGUAACGCAGAGUUCAACUUCCCCUCGACUGGACGACACCACGCCAACUCUUGGGCGUUUGCCCAGCACACCAACAUUCCCAUCGACGCACUACUUCUCUCGUCGUACACUGCGUCGCCGACGUUUGCGCAGGACAAGCCGCCCGCGCUCGUUCACUAUGUGGCCGUCGAGCACGACCUCAAGGCCAUUGUGCUCACGUGUCGCGGUACCCUCGGUCUGUCGGAUGUGCUCGUCGACCUCACUUGUGACUACCGCCACAUCGAGGUUGAGGGUGCCGACCCUACCGGAGACUACUUUGUCCACUCGGGCAUGUAUGAGAGCGCUCUCCAGCUCACCGAGCAGUGCAGCACUGUCCACCAGACCCUCGUGGAUGCACUCAACCAGUACCCGACAUACGGUCUGGUGCUGUGUGGUCACUCGCUCGGAGGUGGUGUCGCCGCCCUCUUGGCGCUCACCUGCUCGGUCAAGGCCGGCCACUUUUUGCAGCAGAAUGCAGCCCGCGAGCGUCCCAUCUCGCACCCAGGCAUCUCGACGCCGUUCGUCACGUCGUUCUCAUCUGGUCUCCCACCUGGACGUCCUAUCCACUGCUACGCGUAUGGCGUCCCCGCUGUCGCCUCGAUCGACCUCGCGCGCCACGUCGAGGGCCUCAUCACGUCCGUCGUCCAAAACUCGGACGUGGUCCCCACCCUCUCCCUCGGCGUGCUUCGCGACCUCAAGAACAUUGCAGUUACGCUGUUCGAAGAGGCCGGCGUCGCCGAGGAGAUUGUCGGCCGUGUCAUUGGGCUCAACAAGCGCAAGUUUCCAUUCCAGGAAGAGGCGGCGGCCCAGGGCGCCGUCAUGCCCAGCGACGGCCAGAUGCUCUCGGACUGGAUGAUGAGUCUCAUCAAGACGAUGCGCGCAGACAUGGACAACGACAAGCUGUAUCCGCCGGGCACCGUGUACAUUAUGGAAUACUUUGACGUGUACCAAACGACCAACCUCGUCGUCGAUGCCGAACAAGGUGCCGCCACACAGACCAAGCACGCCCAGCGCGUCAUUUUGCGCCAGUGCGAGUCGGUCCAGGAACGUUUCCGCGAACCCCUCUUCUCAAAGACAAUGCUCAACGACCACCUCCCAUCACACUAUGAGCGCUCGACGCAUCUCCUGUACGAGGGCCUCGGGCAGGGGCUCUUGUAG